UCUAAAAUGAAAUUCUGAUUAGUAAUCAAUAACUCAUAACUUGUCAUCCUGCUUGUACGACAUGUCACGAAAUUUGCCACAUUAUCUCGUAAUUAUUUGGUUGCGGGCAGAUAUACUGCCUGAUAAUUCGUACAGACUGGGUGAAUAUUGAUCGAAAAUAAGUUGUUUGAUGAGUUACGCUCACAUUUAUUCUACAGGCUUUAUCUGAUUGGUCACUUUUAAAGUGAAUCGUAUUCACUUACUUUUAAAGCUAUUUUGACUUCCACUUAGUCAUUUUUAAUUUUAAUUGUUGGUGGAGUAACGAGUUUGGGCAUAAUGAACAUCCUAAAUAUGCUCUUAUUUGUUUCUAUUGGAAUCAUCUACACUACACGAUUCAGCGAGACAGCUAUCGCAUCUAAUGCCAGGUCAUACAACCCAUGGAGUGCCGGUAGUAUAUUACCAGUAUCCUAUCCAGAUUCAGAAAUUCAACAGUAUUCGCCGACUGGGCAAAAUCAACAGACUGUCUUCCCCUUAACUUCUCAAACUGACCUCAUAGACCAGUAUUCACUCUUGCGACUCAGUCUGCCGGUACAACAAUUAUUCCUACAGUCCCUCAUGAAUCCUAAUUUUUACAACCAACAACAACAGCCGUUUAUGUUUAACCCACCAACUCUGCCUAGUCAAACAACCAUUCUAUAUCCUGAUGACCAGAAACUCCCAUCAGCUGCAUUAAGUGGUGUCUCAGAAGAUGAAAUCGAAAUCCCACCUGGAAUAAAUGUACUAAAUCCUCAGUACUCAGACGCAUCUAUCGUUGGUGGCCCCGACGAUGGGGUUAUUGGCAUUGAUGGUGGUAUUGUCGGAAGCCCACAAGAUAUCGCAGUAGUCGAAAGUGCAGGUCAGAUGCUAAAAACUGGUGACACACCACAGACUGAAUACGCAUAUCCUGGUACGGUCCCCGUGAAUCCAAGACUAUACAGUUCACUCACGAACACUUUCCAAUACCCGUUUCAAAGUAUGCCUUUUGCUGAAGAUCAAUACGGCCAACCGCCAUACCGCCAGGUAUCUAGAAAAACUAUCCCUUCACAAUAUUCAGAUAUAUUUAUAACCAACAAUAUGUAA